GACAUCUACCAUCCAAGAUGAAGGCAGCCAUCGCAGCUCUUUGCUUGCUAGCCGCAGUAGUGUGCGUCAUUGCGCUGCUGCCUGAACGCGUCUGCAGAGCACCACAUCCUGUGUCGUCCUGCGCCCCUGGGACUCCAAUUACUACGAUGUACUACUUUGACAACCACACUGACAGAUGCCAGAAAUACCUUGGAUGUGGCGGGGGUUACAAUGACUUUGGAAGCCUAGGAUGCUGCAUGGAUUCCUGUCCAUACGGAAGACACCACCCACCCGGCAAGCGAAGAAAGGGAAGAAAACUGUAACCGACAGUGUACCGGCUCCGGAAACAAGCCCUGCUGUUGCCCCUUCAUAAAGAAUUGCAAGGCGCCUAAAUUUUUUUGAAUAAAGUAUUGCAUUGAAAAAGUACCA